ACUCCUUCUAAUUUUAAUAGUAAUGUAAUAAACCUAAUCCGUAUUGCUUCUAAUUUUAAUAAUAGUAUAAUUACUCCUAUACGUAUUAUAUUUAAUAGUAAUAGUACUAUUACUCUUACCUAUAUAAUUUCCGGCUCUAAAAGUAAUAGUAUUGCCCUUAAUAGCCCUAUAACCCUUAUUACCCCCGGCCGCCCUAUUGUAAAUAAAAAUUAG